AUGAGUGCAGGUGAGCUGGGUGAGCCAUCUGUGGAGCGCGGGCGGUUAUUCCAAGAUGAUGACCAUGACUACAUCCAUGAGCGCUCAAGAUUUCAAGAUGCUUUUGCCCUCUCAUUGUUUUCGGCCUCUGGAGCCAGAGCUGGUGCUAUCGUCGAGUCCAGCUCCUAUAGAAAUACCAACGAAUGUCUCUACUACAAGCAUCUUCGCUUCAAUAUCCAAUACAAGGACAACAAAAUCAAACGAUGGGUUACUAUAGAUCCAGAGUUUGUUAAAGGACUUCGCUAUAGCGAUGAGAAGGUUAUCCCGAAGACUUGGAUUACAGAGCAAAAGGUGCUUGGAAGGAACUUUGUCUUCUAUGUCAUGGUUGCGGGUUUAGCAGAUCGGGCUUUUAAGGGAAUCCACACCGUGGAUGAGUUACUAUCAAAAGUUCCUCCAAAGGGGCGAGAAUCAUGGACCCUUGAAUGGGAAGAUAGUGCAAAGAAUUUGCCAGUACUUCGUAUGGUGACUUCUGAUGGACCGGACCCUGUCCGUGGCUUGACAUUUUCAUCCUUACACCAUGGCCUCACGUCCCUAGCGCAACGUGAAUGCUUCCGAGAUCCGCUCAGGAUUCAUGGGAUUAGAGGCAGGGUCGCAAGUGUAAUUGACUCAAAAGCAUCUGAGGCAACCCGAAGCCAGGCGUUGGAUCAUCAGAAUCCAGAUACAUACCUUAAAUACCAAUCAAAAUUCAAACGCGCCGAUAUUCAAGCCACCUACUGGAACCUUGAUCCCGACUACGAAUGCCUGGAGAUAGAAGAAAGCAUGGCCCACCACCGCGAUCCUAAUGCGCCUCAGAAGCUCGACGCAGCUGCUCUUGCCGAAAUCGAAAAUGACAAAGAGAUGAUUGAUUUAUACCAAAGAAUCGAUAAUUUGACCAAAGCAAUAGACGGAAGGCCAAAAGAGCAUAGCGAACUUGUAUCUCAAAGGGAAAAGCUGUACACCAAAGCCGCUAAGAAGCGCCGCACAAAAAACAGGAAUUCAUCAAUAACUGGUGGCAAUCCUCUUAUGAUGACUAUAUUGCUGGAAGGGAUUUCACAGAGCGUGAUUCAACCUGCCGAUUUUCCAUCUACUCCAAGUACAUGCCAGAGAGACAACGUUUACGGGAUAACCUAUUUACUGAAAUAUCAAUCAACAGUGAACUUGGACGACAGUGCAUGCUCGAUAUGUUAA